GCCCAAGGACCCACGGAAACCAUUCUCGACACACGCUUCGCCGCGUCCACAUCCACCCGACCCGCACCAACAUGAAGGCAUUCGUUGUCCUCCUCGCCGUCCUGGCUGUGGCCGCCGCCGACAAGACCAAGGCGGCCGACAAGACGGUCAACAAGCGAGGACUCGCCCCACACGCCCACCUCGGCGGACACGGCCUCAACCUGGGAUACGCGUCCGGCUUUGGCUACGCCAACGGCCUCGGCUACAACGGCCUCGGCGGACUCGGAGGCCUCGGCUACUCCGCGCUCGCCCACUCCAAGGGAGUCGUCCUAUCCGAGAGCCACCACACCCUCAUCAACAGAAAGAUCGGCGUGCCCGUUCCGCAGCUGUACGGCGUCCCGGUUGUGAGGAACAUCGGCGUCCCCGUUCCCCAGGCCAUCCCUGUGCCCGUCGACCGCCCCUUCCCCGUCGGCGUGCCCGUCAAGGUGGCCGUGCCCGUUGACGCUCCUGUUGCCGUCCCCGUCGAUCGCCCGGUGCCUGUGCCUGUCCAUCACGCCGUCCCGGUCCCACACCACGUCGCCGUCCCCGUGCCGGUGCCCCACGCCGUGCCCGUCCCCGUCAUCAACAAGGUCGCCGUCCCCGUGCCCGUCCCCCACGCUGUGCCCGUCGUGAAGACCCAGUCCUUCGCCGCCGCGCCACUGCCCGCCCUGCCCCUGCACGGAGCUCACUUUGGCCACGCUGCACCCCUGGGUAUCGCCCAUGCUGCACCUCUGGGUGUCGCCCAUGCCGCCCCUCUGGGUAUCGCCCACGGCGCCCACCACCUUGACGCCCACGCCCACGCUCACGUCGGGGCCCUGGGGUAUGCUUCCUACGCCCACCACGCCGCUCCGAUCAAUGUCGCCCACAGUGCUCCCUUAGCCUACGCUCAUCACGCUACCCCCGUGGCCUACGCUCAGCACGCCUCCCCCGUGGCUUACGCUCAGCACGCCUCCCCCGUGGCUUACGCUCAGCACGCCGCCCCCGUGGCCUACGCUCAGCACGCCGCCCCCGUGGCUUACGCUCAGCAUGCCGCCCCCGUGGCUUACGCCCAGCACGCCGCUCCCGUCGCUUACGCUCAGCACGCCGCCCCCGUUGCCUACGCUCAGCACGCUGCUCCCGUUGCCUACGCUCAGCACGCCGCCCCCGUGGCAGUCGCCCACGACGUGCACCACGCUCACGCUGCCGCCCCUGCCACCUACACUCUGCAGGCCAGCGCCCACGCCCCCGCCCCGGCCACCUACACCCUGCAGGCCGACGCCCAUGCCGCCGCCCCCGCCGGCUACGCUCUCCAGCCCCCCCUGUAA